CCCCUCGAUCCUCAUACCUCUUCAUCAGUUAUAUUUCGUGAAUUGAAGAAGUCUAUUGCGACUGCAAUUUUUUGUAACCGUCGCGAAAUUUAUCCAAAUAUCGAAUAUUGUUCAAUUCUAUUACCAGUUUCUUAGUAAAAUUAUUGUAGUCUAAUAUGGCAGACAAGAAAGUGACACCUCCCCUCGGAGCCUACCCGCAGCCGCAGCCCCCGCAGGGGCCGUUCCUUCCCGCGCCGCCGCAUCAGGCAGCUCCGCAGUAUGGAGUGGCGGGUGGAUCGCCGUACGGCGUGGCCUUCGGCGGCGCCGGAGCGGGCGCGGGCGGCAUGUACGCUCCGCCACCCUACGAGCAGCUGCAGCACCACCAGGGCAUCCCGGGGUUGGGGCAGCAGCUGCCCGUUUACUCGGGCGCAGCGGCCAUGUACGCGGCCGCCGCCGCCGGUUACCCGGGCUACAUCGGCUACCCCGUACAGUACUACCCCUACUAUCCCAUGCAGCCCUCGAUCCAGCCGCUUAGACCGACCAUCAUGAUCCCGAACGGGUUCGAGGCUGGAGGUCGCUUCGAAGGCUUGGCGCAGACGCUGCUGCCCCCCGCGCCCCCUGCCGUGCCCCCCUCGCCCGCGCACCUCGCCGCCAUUCAGCCCCAUCAAGUGCUAUGGCGUUAGGUAAGAGCGCGGCCGGAACCGACGGCGCCGACUCAGCACAAUCUCGUAUAAAUUAAGAAGGACUAUAGUUUAGCAAUAAAUAAUAUUAAUUGAUCUCCGCCACUUUCGGUCGGUUGUGACUAAAUUCUCGUCAGAAUCUGACUACUUGCCCGUGUCGUGCCCGUCACUGACCCGAAACCGAAGUCUACGAACAGUAUUUAGCUUCACCUCAAAAAACCUUUUUUUUUUCUCAAGUUUUGUCGAAUAUCUGUACGAACGAGCUAAUCACUGCGACAUUUAAACGAGAGUCCUUAUACGAGAUUUUAAUGAAAAGAGUAUUAUAUUUUGAAUGAAAAAUGAUUGAAAACAUUUAAGGAAUGCGCUUGACGUCGGUUUGAUCAGCUUAGCCCGAUAUUUGACUGUGAUGUGUUUUACUUUGCACGUCUAUUCGUCACUCGACUCGUGUCGCACUUUUUGCUGAAUUAUUUAACAUCGAAAUCUGACAUGUCUCCUGUGACGAAUAGUACGAAAGAUGAGUGAAGCUCGGGUAAAGAUAGUAUUACUCGGGCUCGCGAUAGUAUUAAGCGGGCUCGUUCCGCUGAAACUAGUUGUAAGCGCGGGUUUGAGUGCUAUUUGUGAAUAAAAUCUCUUUUAAUGUUUUCUUACUCCUCCGAUUUACUAAACAAAAGUUAUUUUUUGUAAAUACUUUGUCUCCAGUGAUUCGGAAUACUGUUUCUUUUAAGACACUAGAGAAACGAACGAAGAACACAAAAGCCCGCGCAACCUUUAGUGAUAUAAAAUGAUAACACAGGUUGUGCGUGACGCGAGCGGUGUGCGAGUGAGAGGGUGAUAUUGUUUCCAUCUCGUUUUGUUUAAUAUCAUACGUCUGUUUCGUUAAAAAAUGUUGUUAAUAUUUGUCUGGUACUAGUAUAUGUAUAGUAUUGGACAAUAUCGUUCGGUCCUAGCCUAAAAGUUACGAUAAAGCGUUGGCCCCCAUUGUUAGAAAAAACCUAUCUUCUUUAGAUGCCAUUAAUCUCAAGUAUUGUGUAAUGUAAAGUAAUAAAAGUGGGGCACAGUGGUAUGGGUGCGAUGGUUGAUGAAAUUUUGAAUCUCAAAUGUAUUAGCUGAUUAGCUGAAAAAGCUUCUGAGAAGUCGUAUUUUGUUUAUCAAAUAUUUAAAAUAAAAGUUCACAGUUUAAAGCAGCAAUUCGCCCUCCGAGGCACUAACAAAGUAUUGACUAAAUUAUUUUGACUUCAGCAAUUGAAUAAUAUUGAUGGAACCCGAGCCAAGGAAAACUAUUCCAGUGUUUGUUUCAGUCACAAAUGGUUUACAAGGUGUGUCUCGAGGGAUGUUUACAAUUAUCGCUAUUUGCAUUGAUGCAAUAUAAAUAGCCAUUAUUGGUAACAUUCCUUGAAUGUGGAAUUAUUAGUAAAACAAUUUUUUCACUUACUAUUAUGAAAGUCUACGCAGCUUAUGCAAAAUGUAUUAAUUUAUUUUAAAUGGCAAAGUUGUUUUACUGGUCAUAAAUUAAAUUUGCAAUAAAGUAAGUGACAGCUUUUUAAUAUUUAAUUUUUACUCGUGUAUUUUAUAUUGAUUUUUGUUGAUCAUGAUUUUUCGUUGAAGCCGUUAUACUUAAAAUGGAAAAGGUAUAACGAUUAAUGAAAAUAAAAGUAUGUAGAUCUGAGAAAUGUUUUUUAAAAAGGCAUUUAAUAUUAACUCCUCGCGUUACCGCCCAUUUCUGUUUCAAUUAACGGAUGACGUCUUAGUAUAAUAAACGUUCACUUAGAACUUACCGAUUCGUUAUCCGUUCGUUAAAUCGAGAAUGAGGCAUAUGCAAUCCCACAUUGCCGGGACCAUAGUUUAAUUCAAUGUUCAAAACCCAGGGAUGAAUUAUUUUCUCUUAAUUGAUGAAUCUCUUAUAUUUUCAAUGCAAUUCAAUUAGUUUAUCUACAUAUAAACACAAUAAAAUGAAUCUAGACCAGCAUGAAUUAAAAAUAUGAUUUUUUUUAAAUAAAGACGGAUUUGUAUGUAGAUAAAUAAUCGAAUGUGAGAAAUAGUUAAUUUGAAGCGAGUAAGUGAAAGUGGGUUUUGCUCAAUCUUGUAUCGACUUGAAAGUCACGUGCAAUAUAUAGCAUAAUUAUUAUUUUGUUUCCAAUAAAAUUAUAAAAAUACA